UUCUCCAACUCCACCGAUCUAUUUGGCCCGUUGGCCGUACUUUUGCCUUUUUCUCAGUCACUGCUACGCUUCCCCUUCCUUUCUGUUCUGUGCUGUAGUUAAUAAUGGCCGGCUUUCCCCCGAACUUAGACGACGGAGAACUCUGGCUUCCUUCCGACAUUUUCCCAGACGAAGUAUCCUCUAAGAUCAGGCCCAAAUUCUCUCCUGAACUUACGUACAUGGAGGACAUCGCUCAACAGAUCUCCGCCUACGCUCUGCUCGAACGUAACCAAAUCGUUGCUAAACCUCCACUAAAUUUAGUCCCAAACUUAGAGAUUAAGAGGCAGAGCCGGUACGGUACUGUUACUGCUCCGCAAACAAGGUUUGGUUUCGGUUUCCGCGGUGUUCAUGGUGUUGGCCACAAUGAUUAUGUUUCCGUGAAUGAAGAUAGGUUUCGUGUUGGUUUGGGGCAGAUAUACCAGUAUCGUUCGAUGAGUCCGGUACAAUCUCAGCAGGUUGAGAACUACUUGCAAGCAAGAGCUAGGGUUUCGCAGAGGCUGCAAAACCAUAACCAGGGUCAAAACCACUUUUUGCCGUUUCAGGUAACUGGUUCGAGCAUUGGCGGUUUUGUGAGAGAAUCUGGAGGGACGGGUGUCUUCCUUCCCCGCGUUGCUACCACCGUUGAUGUUAAGAAGAAACAUGGUGUAAAGAAAGGGGAGGAGACUAAGCAGAGACAACCCAACAAAAAUAAUGAUGUGGAAAAGCAGGAGAGGCUUCAACUCUCACCUGAGGUGCGUUUGCCUCAAGACUGGACUUAUUGAGCUUUCUAUCUGUGUUUCUCCAGUUUCUGCUGUUAAGAAACCCCCUUAUGUUGCAGAAUAAUUACUCCAUGAACAGUGUAAGUAGAAGAAAAAGGGUGGAUGUUUCAAUAAUCAUUUGGGUUUUACUGUAGUAGGGAAACGGUAGAAGGGGGUUUAUAAGGCAUAGUGCAGAGGAGUAGAAGAGUAAAGUGGGUGGGUGCUUGUGGGGCUCUCCAUGUGUUCUUUGCAAGCUCUGUA